AUGCCCCGAAGGAGCAAGUGGAUGCAUCUCGUGGCGGGCGUCGCCGCCGGGAUCACCUUUGGUAUCUUCCUGAAGCUGUGCUUAAGACCUUCCUCUAGAACAUCCAUAGAAUCUUGUCCGGAGGCAGCGAGAUCACGUAUGGGUCCUGACCCCCUCACUUUAAUAAACUUGCAGUCAAACGAAACUGUGGAAAAUUCAAAUAGAACUUUAGUUUUCGUCGGUGUUAUGACAGCAGAACAGUAUUUAGACACACGUGCGAAGGCCGUAUAUGAAACUUGGGGGCAGGACCUUCCCGGUCGGAUCGCUUUCUUCAGCUCGGAGGUGUCGCGUGCGCCUGGUUUGCCUCUGGUUCCAUUGCGGGGCGUAGACGACAGUUAUCCUCCACAAAAGAAAUCCUUCAUGAUGUUGCUAUACAUGUAUGAGAAAUACGGCGAUAGGUUCGAGUGGUUCAUGCGUGCUGAUGAUGACGUUUACGUUAGAGGUGAUAAAUUGGGCGAGUUUUUGCGUUCAGUGGACAGUCGGAAGCCUCAAUUUAUCGGUCAGGCUGGACGUGGGACCACGGCGGAAAGGGACGCUCUAGCAUUAGAUUAUAAUGAAAACUUUUGUAUGGGUGGUCCUGGGGUGUUGUUCUCUCGCGAAACUUUGAGGAGAGUAGCUCCUCAUGUGAAGUAUUGUUUGAAACAUUUAUAUACGACUCAUGAGGAUGUGGAGCUGGGGAGAUGUGUCGCCAAGUUUGCUGGUGUGUCGUGCACGUGGAGCUACGAUAUGCAAACUAUACUUCAUCACAACAGUAGCGGAGCGGCCGCAUACACCGGCAGGUUAAAGAAGCGUGAGGUGCAUCGCGCUAUCACCUUACAUCCAGUUAAGGACCAUCAGCAAUUGUAUCGUCUGCAUUCAUAUUUUAUGAAUCUUCGAAUUCAGGAGUUACGGGAAAGGUCUCUAGAUCUACACCGAGAUAUUGCAAUAGCAAUGCGUGAGCUUCACGUGCCACCAGAAGAGGUUGCAGACUUCAAGCUUCCAGGGGGUGUCCCAUUGUUUCCUGCAAAAGUGGGAGAACCUGGAUACUUAGGAGACAAUAAUAUUUUAGGAGCCCCAAUAGAUUUCAACCGGUAUAAGCCUGAUAACAAAGAGGACAUAAUCCCCUUUGAUUUUAUCAGCAAGUCAAUUUACUCCAUCAGUAAUGCAAAUCCCAAAAGAAGAAUUGAAGGUCCACUCAGGGAAGCCAUUGAUGACGUCAUCAGGGAGGUGAUGGAGAUAAUUAACGCGCCGUCUCGUCAGCGCGGGCGCGUGAUCGACUUCAACGAGCUUCUGUACGGGUACACGCGGCUGCAGCCGCUGCACGGCGCUGAUCACGUGCUGGACCUGCUGCUAAAGUACCGGCGCUACCGUGGCAAGAAGAUGACUGCCGCUGUACGCAGGCACGCCUAUCUGCAACAGUCAUUCACCGGAAUCGAUAUACGGGAAUUGCCCUUGGGUGAACCACCGCCGGUCGAAGAUCCAGAGAUUUUGAGCAAAGUAGACAUCAACGACUAUGAUGACUUCGAUGAAUUAAGUCAACGACAGCAAAAUAGCUUCUUAGAUUUUGGCAAGCUGAACUUUAAGGAGGCAAUAGGGAACGGCCUUGAGAAGCUGCACAAAAAUUUGCCGAAAGUUUUUAAAUGGGGCGAUGCCAGCUCCGAAGAAUAUCCUAUUUCAGACAGAAGAAUAUAUUUCGUACUUCCUUUAGCUGGAAGGCAAGAGGUGUUCGGUCGAUUUAUGAAAAAUUACGAGGAUAUCGUGUUGAAAAGUAAUGAGGCCGUGUCAUUGAUAGUGGUGCUAUAUCUAGAUAUUAAGAGCCCCACGGAUUACCAAAAUUCUCAGAGUUUGAUCAGUUACUAUAAAGAUUUAUAUGCUAAAGAUAUAAAAGUAGUUACGAUGGGUUCUACACCAUUUUCACGUGGCGCCGCAUUGACUGAAGGAAUUAAAGUUGUUCCCGAAGACGGCUUAGCAUUCUUUAUAGACGUCGAUAUGAUGUUUAACUUUAUUUCUUUGAGGAGAGUAAGAAUUAACACAAUUAAAUAUAAUCAAGUAUAUUUCCCAAUAGUGUUCAGUGAAUACAAUCCUGAAGUUGUGAAUGGUGAAGACUUUAAUAAAUUCAAAGACGAAAAUCUCGUUAUAAAUACUGAUUUAGGUAGAUACGUAAUGUCAUCUGAAACUGAAGUGAAAUCAGACAGAGAAUUAGCCAAUAUGAAGUACAGCAAAGAGAUAACUGACGAUUACGGUUAUUUUAGGCAAUACGGUUUUGGUAUCUUAAGUAUAUAUAAAUGUGAUUUCCUUAGAGUUGGUGGUUUUGAUUUAAAUAUCAAAGGUUGGGGUUUGGAAGAUGUUCAAUUGUUUGAAACGCUCAUAAAGUCAAAUCUUACAGUGUAUAGAAUUGCUGACAAUAGUUUGGUGCAUAUAUUUCACUCAGUGGACUGUGAUAAGAAUUUAGAGAAGAGUCAGUUCCUGAUGUGUUUAGGAACGAAGGCUUCUACAUUUGGUAGUGAGAAGCAUAUGAUGUAUUAUAUGCUCAAUCAUCCGGAGGUUCUGUGGCCUAAUGAAGGGCAAAAGAAGGGUGCUAGCUAGUACAGGGUUAUGUCUAGGUUAAUAUUUCACAUUUUUUACGUUUUUUUUAAUCACGUCAGUUAACUUUGUGGAUCAAAUCUAGGUAUGUAGGCAAAUCGUGGUUAACUGGUUUUUUUUUAUCUUAUUCACACCUUAUUGGGUACCAUACGAUUAACAUCAUACAAUUUAUUUUUUACAUAUCGACUUCAAUAUUUCCAUUUUAUACGAUACAUUUCUUUUUUAUGUAACUUUGAAUGCAUAAUGUUUUAAAUCGUAAGGUGCUUUGUUUUAGAAAGAAGUGGAUUGUGUAAAAAGCAUUUAUAAAUAUUUUAUUUUGUAGUUGUUGUAAUUUGUUUGUAUAUUAUCGUUUUGUUCCUAAUAUCAGCACGGACAGCAAAAUAGCUGAACGUUUUGUGUGAUAUGUCAUAUAUUUUUGGUAUUUGAUUGUAAUUGCGUAGAAAAAUAUUACCUACAAUAAAAUUUUCAGUUAAUUAAAAUUAAAAUACUUUGACAUGGGGCUAAACUGUUCAGUUAUAUUUUAUGCUGUUUGUACAUAGUCAUUAAGUUAGUUUUAAAGUUAAUUGGCUUGGCUUUAUUUUGUAUUUGGUUGAUGGUCUUAGAAUUUGUUUGAGUUAAUAUGAAUUUUUCACUUCUUUGAACGAUCUACCUUAAUAUUUACGUCAGGUUAUAAGAAACU